AUGGAGCCGCGUCCGCCUGGGACCGAGCCCCCGCUGCACCGGGGGCCGGGACCGGGGCCCGAGCCGGAGCUGGAACCGGAGCCGCAGCUGGACCUGGAACGGGAGCCGGACCUGGACUUGGACCGGGAACCGCAGCCGGACCUGGGCUUGGAACGGGAACGGGAGCCCGAGCUAGACCUGGAACCGGAGCCCGAGCUAGACCUGGAACCGGAGCUAGAACCGGAGCUGGAACAGGAGGCGGACCUGGAGCCGGAGCUGGAUCUGGACCUCUGGGCACUUGAGCCCGCCGCUCCCGGCGCGGAGCCGCCGCCCUGGUGCCCGGGGGAGGCCGGGGACAGCCCGGGCCCGGGGGGCCCCGCCGAGCCCCCGCCGGAGGAGGAGCCGCGCCUCCGCCCGGUCUUCGACGCCCUGGACCGCGACGGCGAUGGCUUCGUGCGCGUGGAGGAGUUCGUGCAGUUCGCCACGGCCUACGGCGCCGAGCAGGUAAAGGACCUAACGAAAUACCUGGAUCCCAGUGGAUUGGGAGUUAUCAGCUUCGAAGAUUUCCAUCGGGGGAUCAGAGCCAUCAAAAAUGGAGACCCCGACAGCCAGCUGUAUGAUAUGGGAUAUACCCCCGAGGAGGAAGCCCCGGCCUGUCCCGAUGAGUUUGAUGACUUCGUCACGUUUGAGGCAAAUGAGGUGACUGAUAGUGCCUACAUGGGCUCGGAGAGCACCUACAGCGAGUGCGAGACCUUCACGGAUGAGGACACCAGCACCCUGGUCCAGCACGAGAUGCACGACGAGGUGGAGACCGACAGCGCCAUCGACUCCACCGUGCACUCGGAAUUCACGGACCCCAUCGAGGAGCCGGAGCAUGGAUCCCAUCCCCACGAGCUGGCCCUGGGCUCCGAGCUCAGCCACUCCAUCGUCACCGUCAUCAGCGGGGAGGAGCAUUUCGAGGAUUACGGGGAAGGGAACGAGGCCGAUCUGUUCCCGGACCCUUUGUGUAAUGGGGAAAGCAGCUUUGGCAGCUCCUCCUUCCUCUCUCCCAGCACCAACCCGCUCGCUGCGAAACUGCACAGCAUUCUCGCAGAUGAAGCUUUUGAGUUUUACUGUAGCCAGUGCCACAAACAAAUCAACCGCCUCGAGGAUCUUUCCGCUCGCCUGAAUGAUCUUGAAAUGAAUAGCCCAAAUAAAAGACUCUCCAGCAAGAAGGUGGCAAGGCAGCUGCACCAGACGAGCUCCUUGGCCGUGGGGGUGAUGGAGGAAUCCUACCGGGAGAACCUGGAGUGCACGGACGAGGACAUCACGGACAAGGUGGUGUUCCUGGAGAAGCGGGUGACGGAGCUGGAGAAGGACACGGCGGCCAACGGGGAGCAGCACAGCCGCCUCCGGCAGGAGAACCUGCAGCUGGUGCACAGAGCAAACGCGCUGGAGGAGCAGCUGAAGGAGCAGGAGCUGAGGGCUGACCAGACCCUGCUGGAGGAGAUCAAGAAGCAGAGGGAGCUGCUCAGCAAAAUGGAGAGGGAGAAGAGCAUUGAGAUCGAGAACCUGCAGGCCAGGCUGCAGCAGCUGGAUGACGAGAACAGCGAGCUGAGGUCCUGUGUCCCCUGUCUGAGAGCCAACAUCGAGCGGCUUGAGGAGGAGAAGCAGAAGCUGCUGGAUGAGAUCGAGGACCUCACUGUGCAGCUCACGGAGGAGCAGGAGAAAAAGAGGAAGAUGGGGGACAAGCUGAGUCAGGAGAGGCACCAGUUCCAGAAGGAGAAGGAGUCCACGCAGGAGCUCAUCGAGGACCUCAGGAAGCAGCUGGAGCACCUGCAGCUCUUCAAGCUGGAGGCGGAGCAGCGCAGGGGCCGGAGCAGCAGCAUGGGGCUGCAGGAGUACAACAGCAGGACACGGGAGACAGAGCUGGAGCAGGAGAUCAAGCAGCUCAAGCAGGAUAACAGGAACCUGAAGGAGCAGAACGAUGAACUGAACGGGCAGAUCAUCAACCUGAGCAUCCAGGGAGCCAAGAACCUGUUCUCAGCCUCCUUCUCUGAGUCCCUGGCAGCGGAGAUCAGCUCUGUCUCCAGAGAUGAGCUCAUGGAAGCGAUCCAGAAGCAGGAGGAGAUCAACUUCCGCCUGCAGGAUUACAUCGACAGGAUCAUCGUGGCCAUCAUGGAGACCAACCCCUCCAUCCUGGAGGUCAAGUAACGGCAGCUGCGCUCCUCGGGUGGAUUUGGUGCUCUGAGAGGAUGAAGAGGGACUCCAGACGUCUUUGCACUUGAUGAAGGCACAAGGAAGCCUCAGGUCGGGGGGUGACUGAGCCACGGACCAGGGAAAAGGAGAACCAGCAGCCAGGCUUUGUUGUCUGACUCCGUUAUUUUGAAGCCCUUCUGGCUGCGGAGGGGUGAAAGGGAACCUGGAGAAGGAGCUCAGGAAGGGGACGCUGCAGGAAGUGCCUGUGGCGCUGGGGACUGUCCCCACAGGCACCGGGCCCCUCCCAGGGCUGCUCGGAACCGCGGGAGAUCGGCACGGAGGGGGAAGCGACGGCGCUGACUUUCCCUGCUGCCCUGCCCGGCCCCGGCGUCUGCUGUGCCAAAGUGUCCCCGACACGCUCACCGGGCAGAGCUGGGAACGAGGGAAGCACGUCCCGGACUCGCACAGGCUUGGGCUUCGGUUUUGUUUUGGGGUUUUGUUGUUUUUGUUUUUUUAAUUAACUUAAUGCAAAUGUCCUCAUCCAGCUGGCUCAGCCCAUCCUUGCCCCGUGCUCCUGCUGGGGCCGGCAGAGCCCUCGGUGCCCGCCGGGGCAGCCCGGGGCUGUUGGGGACAGGGCGUGAGCUCACUCGGUCACCUGCCUCCUUAUUUAUUUCUGCUGUCUGUGGCUCAGUACUGUCGGCACGUCUCGGCAUCCCGGCUCCUCUCCCUCCUCCUCCUCCUCCUCCUGCCGGGCUGUGCCGCGGAGGUGGCUCCGGGGGAAGCUGUCGCUCGUCCCCAGCUGGGGACAGACACGCGGGCUCUGUCUGCACCGGGGCGAGGCCGCAGCUCUCCUCGUCCCGGCACUUUGGGAGCUGCAGCGGAGAGGCCCGAGCUCCCCACCUCACCUCCCCGAGUCCUGGCCCGGGGACGGCGGCCUGUGCCAUUCCCGGCCGGAGCAGGGCUCUGCUGGUGAUAGCUGCGCUCCUGGAGGGAGAGCCUGCUCCGGCUCCUUCCCCGGCCCUGGGCUGGGGCCGGCCCGGAGGAGCCGCGUCCUUCCUCGCCCCUGGCACCGGCCCGGUGGGGAGAGGAGCCCGAGAGCCCCGCGGCGGCUCCCUGCGGAACAAAAGCCAUGUUUACAUCGGCCGGCUCUGGGCUGCUGGCCGUGGCACGGCCCGGGAGCGGCUCCUCUCCCCGCGCUCCGCUGGGCUCCCGGCAGGAGACGGCCCGGGGAGUCCCGGGCAUCGCCUGCAGCCCGCGGUUCCUCCUGCUCGGCGGGCUUUGGGAAUGCCGGGACGGCCUGGAAGCAGAAGCCGCGGCGAUCCCGGGGCUCUCCUGCUCCUCCCCAAGCCCCUUCCAGCCCUCGGGGUGGCCCUGUCGCCGCCUUAUCCCGGGGGAGCCGAGCCGCGGCCGCGUCACCUCUGGGCGCGCAACCCCAGAGCCCCCGCGGGGCAGCGGGGUCGGGGUGAAGCCCCCAAACCCCGGGGCAGCUCCUGCACCCCGCACCCAGCCCUCCCUGCCCCCCGCCCCGCCCCGAGGCCGCGGGAAGAAGCCACGUAAUGUACAUUUCCAGAGAAGCUUUGGGUGUAAAUCAGUGUACACUUGGAGAGGGAAAAUUUUUCUAUCUUGUAGAGUAGGUAUUUUUAUAGAAUGAAGGUUGAUCCAUUUUUUUAAUACUUUAAAAGAAGAGAGAAAUGUAUCUGUGUAUACACAAAAGCAUAUAUAUAUAUAUAUAUAUAUGUAUAAAUAUAUAAAUAUUGGAGAUCUGCCUUUCUCGACUUGGGAUCCCGGAUCCUCAGGUCUCAAACGAUCGUUUGUUUUUUCCUGUCGCUCUCACAGAGGUACUGUAACUGUAAAUAAGCACCGGGGAAAAAAAAAAAAAAAAAAAAAGAGUUUUAAGCAAACAAAAAGCACUGACUUGCACAUUCACCAUGCUUUAAAGUCCCUAUGGAGAGAAAAAAAACAAAACAAAACAAAAACAAAACAAAAGCUGUACAUCCUGAAAAUGUUCCUCUUUCCCGACCGGUAUGUGAAGGAAAUCCCCCAAAAAAGAGGCAAAAACGGUAUUGUCUUAACUGAUGUAUCAAUUCUUGUCGGAUUAAAAGCUGUUACUAUUCCUGC